UUCAUCAGUUUGUACGUGUAUGCGCAUGUCAGUGCAAAAUGGGCAUCUUCACAUCUCCCAUCGCCUUAGCGGGCGUCAGUCUCGCGGCCGUUAUACUGUUUCAAGUAUAUUCGGCCAAUGCGCGACAGAAGAGAUACAACAAUGUUGGCGCUGGGCCACCGGCGAUACUGCCUUCCAACACCUUGGGCCUGAAUUAUGUGAUUCAAAUGUUCAGCGAGUUGAGGAAACAUCGGUUCUGGCACUGGACGAAACGCCUGCUCGAUGAGAACAAUCACACGCUGCAGCUGCAUCUCCUGGGGGCGAAUCUGCUCUUGACGGACGAUCCGGAGAAUAUCAAGGCGGUUCAGGAUACUCAGUUCUGGGAAGUCGCCAAGUCAAAGGAGCAGCACGAGAUUUUUAAACACAUUCUCGGGGAUGCUAUUUUCGCGCGUAUGCCUUCUUUUCCGUCUCCAGUGCCUCUCGUCCCAAGCUGACCAGACAGUCAAUGGCGAGGAAUGGAAACAGGAGGCUGGACUCCUCCGUCUACACGUAUGUUCUUCUCUUCAAUGUAAAUGCACACCCUAACUGCCACAGAUGAACCGCGUCCGACAAUCCGAUUUCGAAGUCACGGAGCGCCACAUCCAAAAUGCAUUCAAGCUGAUCGAAGACGGGGUCGAUGCCUUUGACGUGAUCGACCGUCUACAGCUCGACGUCGUAACGGAGGUAUUCUGCGGCGAAUCUACAAACUCCCUGACCUCUGACCAGCAGCCCUUCCGCGACGCAAUGGACACUCUACUGAAAGUCGCCAGCUUCCGACAGCUUCUCGGGAAAGUCGGCGUCUAUCUGAAAGAUGAAUGGAUUGCCCCGAAAGCCGUCGCCUUCAUCGACACCUACCUCGAGAAUUUCGCGACAAAGGCAUACGCUCGGAACGUGCGCGGCAAGACAGCAAAGGACUCGUUGACUCUGGUCGACGACUUGAUCGUCAAGGGGAAGCGGCGCGCAGAUAUCAAGAAUGCAGUCACGGCCACGCUGCUGGCCGGGAAAGAUCCGACCACGACGUCGCUGGCUUGGGCGUACUACGAGAUCGCGCGUCAUCCGCAUGUGUUUGAGAAGAUGAGAGAGGAGGUUAAGGAGCAUAUCGGAUUCGAGAGAUUGCCCGUGAUGUCUGAUCUCCAUAAAUUGAAAUAUACGAAAGCGGUGAUCAAGGAGACCCUGAGAGUUCAUCAUCCUUUGGGAUUCAAUGCUCGCGUCCCCGUCAAAGAUAUGACUCUUCCUCGCGGAGGCGGCCCAGACGGCAAGUCCCCGAUUGCGGUGCUCGAAGGCACACAGAUCUUAUACGGCCUCCUCUCUCUUCAAAUGCGCGAGGACCUAGGCGUCGACGACGUCUCUGUCUGGAAUCCUGAACGAUGGGAAACAUGGGAACCCACCAACAAAUGGGAAUUCGUGCCCUUCAACCACGGCCCACGUAUCUGUCUAGGUCAACAGUUCGCCAACUUCCAAAUGGAGUAUUUCUUCGCGCGACUGUGUCAGGAAUUCGAGAGUGUCACUUUACUCCCCGAGUCACCGAGACAGGAGGGAAUGGUUAAGCUAGAGCUGAAUACUAAGAUGGCGCAUCCGGUGUACGCGAAGUCGGUGAGACGGGUGAAGGUCUAGAGUUUUGGUUUGGUUGUCUUGACUAUCAUGUGGCACUGGUAAACAGAUAGAUAAGGUAGGAUUGAGGCUGUGGGUAGAACAUACAUGUUUCGGAUGAUGAUAGGUGCUUUCGUAUAGUAUGAGACAUGGUUUAGCAUUCGGAUUCGCAUUCGAGAGCUCAACAGCAAGGCCAUCCUCGGAAAAAGAGUCCAAGACUCAUAGUCAGAUUGUUCCAGCCUCGCCUCAUUCCUUCAGACUCCCCGG